GCAAAACAAAUAGAACCUACCAAAAGCUCUUCAGAACGCAUACUUUAUGAUAUAGAUGUAGUUGCUGUUUGGAAACCAGAGGAUGAAUUAGAUCAGGAAACCGGCUCCCAAGUCAAACUACAUGCUAACCCUUAUGAUCCUUCUUAUUCUCAGAUACCAAAACAUGUGUUCAAGCAAGUUACACACCGCCUCGUUCGUAGCUUAGAGAAACUUGCGAUUUCCACUACGGUACCACGUUCACUUAUUCAGGCACGUCUAAAAGUAGCUUCUGAUAGAUUUAUGCAGCUGUCGCCCAAUUGCCAGUACCUAGCUGCAUUGAGCGAUCAUAAAAUAGAAAUUAGAACGAGUAAAAGUGGCUUUGAAACAAAUCACGCAAUUUUUACUUCUAAAAGAGAUAGAGACACAUUUCCAAAAUGGAGACGUCUAUCCUGGAGUCCAGAUUCUAAAAUCUUAGCAGCUUCAAGGAGCGAUGGAACAAUUGAGAUCAUUGACGAAAAUGGAAAUUUAGUUUGUGUCAUUUUAUCUAGCACAAACAUUAAUUCUGAUGCUGAAACAGAUGCACAGAGCAGGUCGAGUUUUUUUCUUGAACCAGUAGCCUUUUUAUGUUUUAUUGAUCCAAAACGUGGAUCAAAUAAGAUAUUAUCAUUUGAGGGAUACAUAUACCAGUAUGAAUUGCUGGUAGUCACUUUUGAUGGUAUUUUACGUAGCUAUUUAAUUAACACAACAGAGACAGCAGCCAUGGACGGAAAAGAAACUUUAUUUCAUUUGAGACCUAAUGCUACUUAUUCGCGUGAAGGACCUUCCGAUCCUGGUUAUUUUGUUUAUUAUCAUAAAUUUUCUUUUAAGCAGUGGUUGUCUACUACUGCUUGCGGAGCUGUCAUAACAUUAAAUGGGUUAAUGUUAUGUCUUGGCGGUAAAUCAAGCUUUGAGGAUGAUGAUGAGACAACCUUGUCUUCUGUUGCAUGUUGGAUGCUAUUGCCAGAAAGACCAUUUUAUCGAAAACUAGAAUUGGAAGGUUCAAAUAGUAGAACUAUAGAUGAUACAUCACAAUUAAGUCAAGAAACAGCUGAUUACUCGGGAUUCUUUUAUCGGUUAAUAAAUAUUUUUUCAACCUGGCGUAAUACCAACAAAAAUUUCACAGAUGAAAUAAUUCAUAACAUGGUUUUAUCACCAAAUCAGCAGCACUUAUUGACUUUGGACUUUUCUGGUGCAGUAAAGUUAUGGAAUUUGUCCUUAAAUAAAGGACUCGAAUUAAAUAGAUCUUUCAAUCAAUCUGAACUUAAUUUCUUUGCUAGAGGUAAAGAAUUUAGAGAUCUGUCUUUAGAAGAAUUUAUUGACAAAGUUUCAGAAAUUAAAAAUGAGGGUGGUGAUUUUACUAGUAUUCCAGGAUUUGAUAAUGGAAAGGUUGUAUCAAUUGGUUGGUGGUCAAAUGAUGCCCUUAUUUUUGGUUACCAAUACGGUUUAAUGAUUAUUGCCCGCCUUCCAGAAAUGGUCAAUAUAUUAGGUGAAUCUCCAGAAUCUUUUAAAUCUUGUCGUGAAAUUACCAGUCAAUGUAAUAAUUGUUUCCUUGUUAUUGAACAUGAGGUUAAAUCUGUUAAAGCUCGAAUGAUUAAUGAUGGAUUCGUUCGAUAUUCAAGAGAACAGGAAGAAGGAGAUAUUGAUGAUGAAGAAUCCGAAGAAGCAGAAUCUCAAUUAAGCAGAUUAAUAAGUGCUUUAGCAAAUUCUUUACAUUAUGUGACUGAUACUUUCUUAUGGCACUUUGAAAAUGAUACCACGGAAUCCCGUGGGAAAAUUGUAACAGUUUCUAGAAAGACAUAUCGUCUUAAUCGUAUUUCUAAAAUUUCUCCUCUCGAGCUAUUAAAUCGCAAAAUAAAUGCUCUAGAUUAUGAUGACGCGUUGGUAAUAGCAAAAACGUACGAUCUAGAUACAGAUGUUAUAUAUCAGGCUCAAUGGCAGGAUGCUGAAGUCUCUGAGUCUGCAAUUCAUGAUUACCUUGAUAAAAUACAUGAUAGAGAAUGGGUACUCUCUGCUUGUAUACGUACAUUUAGCAAUAAACCUGAUUUAUUAAGACUUUUAUUAAAUUAUGGUUUGAAAGACACAGAUAUUUUGGACAAGAUUUUAAAUAAUGGAGCAUCGUCUAACAAAGAUGAAAUAAUUAAAUUGCUUCGUGAAUAUCCUUUUAAAGUAAAUUCUGAGGUGAAAGAAUUUUUGGGCAAACUACAUAUAUCUGAAAAAGAUAUUAUUAUUUGUAAAUAUAGGCAUUACUUUUUUAAGUACUUGGAUCGGUUGCGUACAUAUGAGGUUAUCGUUGAAGAAAAAAAAAAGCAUGACAUUGAAAAUGGAUCUAUGGAGGAUUUUGAAGACAAUGAUGGCUGGGUCACAUUUGUUGAUUAUGCUUCAACAUUCGUUGAUGAUUAUGCAGUAUUUCGUGAUUUGAACAUUGCAGCUUUAGCUAUGGAUUAUGCAACCGAAGAGUUUUUCAAGGGUUUGAACGUUCUAUUUACUCAUCAUGGUUCCGAAACAUUGCCUUAUCGUUUUACAAUCCUUGAACAAAUUCCGGAAACGGUUAACCCUGAUGAUUAUGAAUCUUUCUUACCUAGCGUUAUCUUAAAUAGCAAUGGUGAACUUGUUGAACGUUUGUGGCAUGAACAACCAUGGAGAGAAAUAGAUUGGGUUGAUAACCCAAUUUUAAAGCAACGAAUAUUACCUAAUGUAUCAGAGGAAUUAGAAGUCGGAGGAAUAAAAUUAAACCCAGUUGAAUAUCCAGCACAAUCAACUUUAAUUACAAAGUGGUAUAUUGAUCGUGCUCAUAAAAUAGAUAGUGUUUCAGGACAAGUGGAUAAAGCUCUUGAACUUAUUCAUCAUGGAAUCAGGAAAAAUGUAAUGAAUUUGGAGACCUUGGAAGAAAAUCUUGAUAUGUUAGCGAAACUCGUUUAUGAUUGCUAUCCAAACUUGGAUUCAGUUAGUAAAAGCAUGUCAUUGAAGGAAUUUGAGGCAUUAACUGAAGCGGAAAUUAUUCGAGUAUUCCUUCAAUAUACUGAUGAAAAACGGAUUGUAAGUGACAUUAAGAAAUUUAUCAUUCCCUUUUUAAGAAUAUUGCCUUCUCGUCGUGCUCGAUUAAAUCAUGUUCUUAAAGACGAUAUUAUUGAUAAAAUACCAAUAUCAGAACCAGAGAGUAAACCACUUGAUUUGCUUUACAAUUAUAUCUUAGAUAUUUCAUCAUCUAAUUUAAAAUUAGUUUGUACUAUCUUUGAAGCAUCAAAACCGAGUUUGGAUGCGCAAGAACGAAUUAUCGUUUCCGAUGAAGAUCUUGCCAGAAUAGCUCUUGCUUGUCUUUACGGAAAUUCUAGAACUGAUAAUUGGCAGGAUAUGACUCGUAUUUAUGAAUGUCUUCCGAUAUUUGAUGAAGUAUCAGAUGAAAGUUUUGACAUUAAUUCACUCCAGAAUUAUACACCAUAUGAAUUUUUCUCACUAUUCAAGUCUAAAAAUGAAAUUCAACUUCAAGGCAUAAUUGAUUCUCUUGAACUUCAUUUGAAUGCUGCAGAGAUUCUCACUCGAUAUGACAAUGCUGUACCUUUAUGUUGGUUUUUACAGAGUUCGAACGAUUAUAUUUUACAAAAGCAAUUAUGUAUUCAAUUAGCAAGGAGAUCUGGUAGUGGACCUGAAAAUGAUGAAGAUAGGUUUAAAAAUGAAGAUGAAUGGACCUUAUUAUUAAAGGAAAUUCUUAAUCUUCAUGAAAAUGGAAAAGGCGUUUUGAGUAAAAUAUCUACAGAGGAAAUAUAUAAGAUUUUUGUUUCUUCAUUAUUGAGCUAUGGCAAAUUUAAUUUGGCCCGUAAAAUUAUUUUGCCUACUGAUCAACCACAACCUUUAGAUAUAACGGUAGCUGAGCAACUUGUUAUAGAUGCGUCAAGAGAAUUCUUUGAUAAUGCUCCUUCCGGAAAUAUGUAUCAUGGAUAUAUGAAGUUGGCAUAUGAAUGUCUUCAAAUUUUGCCCAUUUCUGAUACUCUUCAAUCUGAAAUUGAGUUCAUUGAAGCAACUCAUAUGCUUACAGAACAAAAAGUUUAUCAUCAACCUGGAAUUCUGAUACAUCCUAUGCAAAUUCGACUUGCACCAAAUAAAUUAGAUUUGAUUUCUCGUUUAUUAAGUACAAAUGAAGAUGCAUAUUAUGAUUCUAAAUCAAUUAUGGAACUUGCAAAGAAGUUAGGUUACCGAAAUGAUAAAGUUGCGGAAGUCAAAGUUAUGGCCAUGCUUGCUGAUGCUGCAUUACGUGAUUCUAAUCUCAAUUUUGCAUACAAUAUGUGUAUCGAUAUUGUGAAGAUAAUAAAGACAAUUUCAAAUAUGAGAAAUAAUGAUAAAAAGGAGACUCUACUAGAUUCUGUUAAAGAUAUUGCUUGGAGAAUUUGUUAUGAGGUUGCAAAGCAAGACAUAUUUCAAAAUUUGGAAAAGCAAAUGAUUCUCAUGGGAUAUGCCUUGGCAAUGUGUCCUAGUGAUCAAGCUGCUGAUAUUUUAAAUAUUUGGCGGAAAAUAGAUAAUGAAUAUAGAUUAGAAUUAAUUCGCAAAUCCAAUGAGAAAUCUUUGGAAAAACCUAAAUUAGUCAAACCUGUUGUUGAACGUGUCGAAUCAAGCCUAUUAACUCCUUUACUGAAAGGAGAUCGAAUUAAAAGCGUAUUCAGUAGAUUUUUUUAAACAACGAUUUUCAUUAUUAUUUGGACAAAUUAAUAACGCUGGAGGGGUUAGUAGGUUAUAUUGAGUACUUUAUAUGCAG